AUGUCUACCACUGCCAUUCAAACGAUCUCUCCGUCAACCAACAAGGUCCUUUUCAACACUCCCAGUACGAGUCUUGAAGAUGCGAAGGCCAUCGCCAAAUCCUCUCAGGAUGCCUUCCAAAAGUUCAAGCUGUUGUCUCUGUCGGAGAGAAAGGAGAUGGUGAUGCGAGGCCUACAGCUCAUCCAAGAACGCAAGCAUGAUCUUGGGCGCGAACUCAGUGAGCAAAUGGGUCGCCCUAUUGCGUACAGCCAUAAGGAAAUUGAGACGAUGCAGAAGCGUGCCGACUACCUUCUCGACAUCGCCGAAGAAGCCUUGCGCGAUAUACCUGGUCGUCCCGAGGCAGGGUUCAGGAGAUGGAUCAAGAAGGUCCCAGUUGGCCCGACUCUCGUGGUAUUCGCAUGGAACUUCCCGUACCUCAUCAUCGUGAACGCGCUGGUUCCAGCAGUCUUAGCUGGAAAUACGGUCAUCUUGAAGCCGUCGCCGCAAACACCUUUAGUCGGCACGCGAAUCGCCGAGAUAUUUGCCGAAGCUGGUCUGCCUACGAACGUCCUCCAGGUAGUCCAGUCCGGAGAUCCUGCCGUUCUCAACGAACUUGUGAAGAUCCCCGAGAUACAAGCGGUGAGCUUCACCGGCUCGACUGCGGGAGGGCUGGCUUUGCGUGAAGCCGCGGCCCAUCGCACGAUCCCUCUGAACCUUGAGCUUGGAGGGAAUGACCCAGCAUACGUGCGGCCUGACGCGGACUUGAAAUAUGUAGCAGCUCAGCUUGUGGAUGGCGCUGUCUUCAAUUCAGGCCAGAGUUGCUGCGCUGUGGAGCGGAUUUACGUGCAUAAAGACAUCCAUGAUGCUUUUGUCCAAGAGCUGCAAGAUGAGUUGAAGAUGUAUAAACUCGGCGAUCCGCUGGAUGCAUCAACUAACGUUGGGCCGGUCAUUUCACGAGCUGCCCAGAAGUUGAUUGAACAACAAGUCGAAGAUGCACUCAACAAGGGCGCCCGUGAUGCCACGCCGUUCAAUGCCACAUUUCAGAACCCUUCCGCUGACGGCAACUAUGUAACCCCGCGGAUUCUCACAGGCGUCACACAUGACAUGAUAAUCGCGAAGGAGGAGACUUUUGGCCCAAUCAACCCUGUGAUAUGUGUCCAGAACGACGAUGAGGCAAUUCAACUCAUGAACGACACGGACUAUGGCCUGACUGCCAGCGUUUGGACCACAGAUAUCCCUCGUGGAGAGGAGAUGAUUGAGAGUCUCGAGGCUGGCACCGUGUUUGUCAAUCGUUGUGAUUACCCCAAUCCAGAUCUUGCUUGGACUGGCUGGAAGAAGUCGGGGCUGGGAUGCACUUUGGGGCCAAAGGGAUUUGAUUUCUUCGUCAAGUUGAAAAGUUAUCAUGUCAAGCAGCAACAGGCUUAG